UGCGAAUAACCAUUUUGGACAGAAAAAUAUGUCAAAGGUCAAAGAGUUGCACUGGAAGACUACGAAAUUAGCAGACAUCGUUACCGCGGAGUGCUUCGUCUUUAUUUAGUCUUAUCUUACGCUACGGUAUUGUUACCGCAAAUAUUAUAAGUUAACAGAAGUCGCUUAUUUAUUCUUGCAUAAAUGAAAUAAAAUGAAGCUACAUCAAACCAUGUGUGAUAUGUAACCGUUCAAUAUACUAUUUUCCGGUCUAGACUCUAGACACCUAUUAGAAACAAAAUUGCAAUGCGCUUCGAAGAUAUUGAAAGGUUGGUUGAAGAUGUAUUUGAAAAAUAUGAAAAGUACGCAAAUGUGAAAUAUGAUGGAGAGGAAAUAACAUUGCUUGAGCAUUCAUUGCAAAUUGCCAAACUAGCUGAAGAACAUGGAGCAUCAGAAGAGGUAAUUCUUGGUGCAUUCUUUCAUGAUAUUGGGCACGUUCUAGAAGUGGAACAGAGUCAUAUGCCGGAAGAAAACUGGAAGUACAUUGUUGGGAAACAUAACGAGACUGGCCACCAGUUCCUAAUUGAAAACAAUUUUCCGCACUCGAUUGCAUCACCUGCUAAGUAUCACGUCAACGCUAAAAGAUAUCUUGUGUGUCGAGUAAAGGAAUACCAUGACGGUCUAUCAGAAUGCAGCAAACGAACAUUGAUUGGACAAGGCGGACCAAUGAGCGAAAAGGAAGCGAGGGAAUUUGAACAACUGCCUUACUUUCAAACAGCAGUCAAUGUCAGAAAAUGGGAUGACAAGGCAAAGGUUAUUGGCCAAACAACUCCAACUCUGGAAAAGUAUAAAUCGAUGUGUCUAGAUUAUCUUGUGCAAAUAAUGAAAUAAAUAAUCGAACUUGUUAUCCAUCAGA